AGCUGCAGCCUGGAGCUGCGGACUGUAAACUCAGCGAGAGUCGACGCCUUCCUUCCCAGAGGAACAAUAGGAAACGGUGCACCUGUAAAGAGGCAAGUGAGAAAGCCAGUAUUCUGUAAUUCUCCCCCCAUUGAAGACACAAGCCGCAGCCUGUUCACUUGUCCGCUUGCCUCAAAACUCUGGGACGGUAACAAUAAAUAGAAUAAGGGUUGAUAAACAAACCCUCUCCAUCUCAAAACCCCCCAAGCGACUGCAACAGGAAUAGGAGACAGAUCAGACUUGCAUGUGCGCGAUGGCAUCUUCGUGUUUCAUCUCUGCAAUGUCGCCGAAUAGAAAGCGUGGAGUUAUGGCUGAAAAGCCACCUGAUGCCAGCUGUGUGUCAAUUGCUCUGGAAGACACUGUAUGCAAUGGAGGGUCCCAGGAUGCGCCUCUCCUCACCACACACCUGAAGAAGGUGGAAAACCAUAUCACAGAGGCCCAGCGGUUCUCCCACCUCCCCAAGCGCCCUGCAGUGGACAUAGAAUUCAACGACAUCUCCUACUCUAUAAGGGAGGGUCCUUGUUGGAAGAAAAGAGGGUACAAGACUCUUUUAAAAUGUCUAUCCGGAAGGUUCUGCAGUCGGGAGCUAAUUGGCAUCAUGGGUCCUUCAGGCGCUGGGAAGUCCACCUUCAUGAAUAUUUUAGCGGGGUACAGGAAAACAGGAAUGAAAGGCCAGAUCCUUGUAAAUGGGCAGCCACGGGACUUGCGAACAUUCAGAAAGAUGUCAUGCUACAUCAUGCAAGAUGACAUGCUGAUGCCACACCUCACUGUACUGGAAGCCAUGAUGGUCUCAGCCCACCUCAAGCUGAAAGAGAAAUUGGAAGUUAAGAAGGAACUGGUGAAUGAGAUUCUGACCGCACUGGGACUGCUCAAGUGCUCAAACACCCGGACUGUCUCUCUGUCUGGUGGACAACGCAAGCGGCUGGCCAUUGCACUGGAACUGGUCAACAACCCUCCUGUUAUGUUCUUCGAUGAGCCAACUAGUGGUCUGGACAGUGCCUCGUGUUUCCAAGUGGUGUCACUGAUGCGGUCACUGGCACAGGGCGGGAGAACCAUCAUCUGCACCAUCCAUCAGCCCAGUGCCAAGCUCUUUGAGAUGUUUGACAAGCUCUUCAUCGUGAGCCAAGGGCAGUGCAUCUACAAAGGGAUUGUUCCCAACCUCAUCCCCUUCCUUAAAGGACUGGGCCUGCAUUGUCCGACUUAUCACAACCCUGCAGACUUCAUCAUUGAGGUGGCUUCAGGUGAAUAUGGGGAUUUGAACCCCCUGCUCUUCAAAGCCGUCCAGGAUGGAAUGUGCACCAUGGCGGAAAAGAAGAAUUCGACUAAUGGCGGUGAUUCAACGGGCUGGAAGAGCAAUAGCCUCACGGACUCCGGCCCAAUCGAGAGCCGCACUUUUGCCAUCAGCUCCUUCGCCCAGUUUUGUGUCCUCUUCCGGAGAACCUUUGUUUCCAUAUUGAGGGACUCAGUUCUGACCCAUAUGCGGUUCAUCUCCCACAUCUGCAUUGGAGUCCUGAUUGGUCUGCUGUACCUCAACAUCGGCAAUGAGGCAGAGAAAGUGUUUAACAAUACGGGAUGCCUCUUCUUCUCCAUGCUCUUCCUGAUGUUUGCUGCCCUGAUGCCAACUGUACUGACCUUUCCUCUUGAGAUGUCUGUUUUCUUGAGGGAGCAUCUCAACUACUGGUACAGUCUAAAGGCCUACUACCUGGCAAAAACCAUGGCAGAUGUCCCUUUCCAAGUGAUCUGCCCGAUCGUAUACUGCAGCAUCGUGUACUGGAUGACGGCUCAACCACCCGAGGUGUCGCGGUUCCUCUUGUUUGCUUCACUUGCCACGGCCACGGCGUUGGUGGCCCAGUCGCUCGGACUCCUGAUCGGCGCUGCGUCCACAUCUUUACAGGUUGCCACGUUUGUGGGCCCUGUCACGGCCAUCCCAGUGCUUCUGUUCUCUGGAUUCUUUGUUAGCUUUGACACCAUCCCCACAUACCUGCAGUGGAGUUCCUACGUAUCUUAUGUCAGAUACGGCUUUGAGGGUGUCAUCUUGUCAAUAUAUGGACUGGACAGAAAAAACCUGACCUGCAAUACUGAGUUCUGUCCUUAUAAGGAACCAAAGAAAAUUCUGCAAGAGUUAGAUGUGCAAGACGCCAAGCUUUACAUGGACUUCAUAGUCCUGGGUAUAUUUUUUGUUGUUUUGCGUUUGAUGGCCUACCUUGUCCUGCGUUACAAAGUCAAAUCUGAAAGAUAGAAAGGGAAUCGCAAAUAAAUGGAUAUUUUGCGGCAUCCAGUCUGUGAACUGGACCUAUUCUCAUGUGGCUCAGAAUGGCUGAAGUCUACAUCACGGCUGCGUAGCCUGAACAGUAAUCUUUAAAAACAAAAAUCAUCAAACAUCAAGAUGGCUUCUGACGGGCCAUUUGGUUGUCAGAUUUUUAUUUUUGCCUGUCUAGUUUUGCUAUUGGAUUUUGAUUAAUUCUCACCCCACGUGUAAGAUGGUUUGUCAAGGAAAACAACUUGUUUAAAGAAGCAACUCAGCUUUGGCCUCCUGCACAAUGACAAUGUCAGAUUUGUGCACCAACAAACUGUUGAAAAAGCCCCGCUUGUGAACCGUGAGGUAGAUCUUAUUUUAAAAGAUACAAAGCAGAAAUUUGAUUUUAGAACCAGACUGUUAAUAAGCACAGUUUUUGUAGAAUAAUGUACGCUUUAAUCUGUCACCUUGAGCAUGUCCACUAGUAGCACGUUUUGUUAAAUUAUAAUAACUGUAAGUUUAAAUACGGAAGCAAGGCAUUAUAAACUAGGCUUUAAAUAUUAUAAUUACAGGCAUUGUGGAAAGUCUCUGUAACUUUUUUGACAGUUCAAAAAUAUAUUUAAAAAGAUACAAUCUUGAAAGUAUAAAACAUUUAAAAAAAAUGUAGUGUUAAUAAUUUUUACUGAAUUUUGUAUUGGUGUUAUGGUUUUUAUUUUUAUUUUUGGUAUCUAGAGAUUUACUUCCUCAGUUAUUAUAUGUCUUUCUUCUCCCCCACACCACAGCAUCUUAACAGAAUAUUUUUUUUUUUAGGAAUGUUUUAACUGAGAGAAACUCCCAUGUUGUGUAGCUGUGCUGCACUGCAUCCAGAUGUUCAAAUGAAUUGCAGUGCUUAUCAUUUUGAAUUGCUUCAUUUGUCUCCUAUGUUUAAAGCUACCAUAGCCCCAGAGUGAUAGGGGACACUAAUCAUCUCAUUGUGACAUAUGGGCCCAGAAAGCUUACAGUUCGAUCAACUUCCAGUAAUUAUAAUGUGACAUCUCCAUGAAGCAUGAAAAAACUCCGGGCAAUGUCCUUACACUGUACUAUAGACAAUAACAUUGCAAAGCUAUUAUCCUGGUAUUGCAGUAUUUUAUGGUCGAGGUGUUCCUGGCCUUUUGGUACUUUGAAAUCUGUGUGGCUGACUAUGGUGUGGGAGAGUGUACAGUUUUAUAAAUUUAAUUUCAAUACACUUGAGUUUGACUCUUAAAAAAAGAGCAGUAUCCCUAUUGCAGGCUUGCACAGUUCACAAUGGUCAACAUUAUGAUUAGGAUUUAUUCAUCUUUGUCUUUUUCCAUUGAACAAAAAUCUUUAACAGCAGUUACUAAUCUCUAUUUUUCUCUCCGGCAAUUGGUACACUUGGUGUAAUUUAUUUGGUUGUAAAACCCUGAAGUCUGCUCAUCGGAGCAUUGAGAAUAAAAGUAAAAAGCAAGACCGUUGAAAAUAUGGUGACACUUUGACAGUGACCCUUUCACUCCUGUUUCCCAGCUCCUGUGUUUUUAUAGACCACACAAAGCCCGCUCCUUCGAGGAGGCUGCAUAACAUGGGGGAAAAACUAUUAGCUGGCAAUCAAUGCAUUGAGUCCGGAUCUGAUCACCACAUGAGGAAGGUCUUGAGUGCAGAGCAGAUUGGCCAGAAUGUCUUCAGGGAUGGGAGAUUUCAACUACAAGGUGAAAGUUAGGUAGUUGGUGCUAAUCUCCAUGGAGCAAAUAGAAGGCAGUGAGAUGUGAUGGAUGUGCUGGAUCUUGGAGGAUUUAAGUGGGACUACAGAGAGAAGCUGAACUCAUUAGGGGAUGAUUGAAGGACUUGAGGGGCAAAGUGCGGAAAAAGUGCACGGAGUGUAAUAGAACUGGACCAUUCCCCAUGCCUGGUGGAAUUACACUCUCAGGGCUUUCAAAGGGAAGCUUGUUAGGUGUUUAAGGGAGAAUAAUUUGAAGAACAAUGAGGAGGGAACAAGAGAAUAGGGUUGAAUGGAUUGUUCUACAGUGAUUAGAGUUGGCUUCCUGGAUGAAUAGCUUCCUCCUGUGCAGUAAUGUCUCUAAUUCUAUUCUAUAAUUCAGAUGCUUUGUUAUCAACAGAUGUAAAUCUACCCAAAGGUAUAUAUUUAAGUUGUACAACUUUAACCUGUUCUCUUCUUUGUGAAUCUCGAAUGGCUCCAGUAGCUCAGGGAACUAUUGCACUCUACACAGUAUUCAGUAAUCUUGAUUGGUACAUGCAAUGCUCUGUGCCAACCUGCCCUAUGUUUGGACACAAUACUGCACCCACCCUUCAGACACCUUUCCUUCAUCACCAUGCGUGGCUGGUACCAAUGCCUCACAUGCCCUAUUCCUCUGAAGUUAAAUCUUGUGCACUACAACAUUCGAAGUCGGCAGGCAAGGACACAAAGAAAGGUUGGAAUUCAUGGCACUACAGAAGUCAUACUCAAAGUUUAAUAAAGAUAGAAUUAAUAUUAGAGGAAAAUAAAAUACACAAAGCGCUGGAGUAAUUCAACGGGUCAGGCGCCAUCUCUGGAGAACAUGGAUAGGUUACGUUUCAGGUCGGGAAGGAUCUUGGUGGAAAGACAAAGGGCCUGCGUUUGACCUUCGAGUUUGACUUUAGUUGAUUGCCACGUGUACUGCGAUACAGUGAUAAGCUUUUGUUGCGUGUUAACCAGUCAGCAGAGGGACAAUGCAUGAUUACAAUUGAGCCAUCAUGUACAGGUACAUGAUAAAAGGAAUAUCGUGAAUAACAUUUAAUGCAAGACAAAGUCUAAUCAAAGAUAGUCCUUCAUUCAUUCCUGCAACAUUUCAACCCAUUUGAUCCUCUCCAUUAAAGUAUUACUUUAUAAUUUUAUUACAUUUUGAAGAAUGUAUUUCAGAAACGUUAAUGCAAAAAUUGAUCAUUUAAGUGUUCUUUGUGGAUUCGAAACAUUUCUAGUGCAAGCCGGGCGAGAGGGAAGCUACCUCUUUUGUAUUUGCCGAAUCAAUGCAAUUGUAAAAUUUAACUGCCAUAUAUACGUGUAAAUAGAGCUAAACUGUCUGCAAGGAUGUCAAAGAAUUCAGCACGUUGACAAGACCCAUUUAUGCUGUACAAUCCACUCGGAAAUUAACGCUGUGGACUUUUGGCAUUGAGCUGUUCGAGCACCAUUUGAAGUAGCUUUUGCAAUCAUGACAGAUGGAAGCUGGCCAUCACCAACACCUUUCACUGAGAGACGCAAAGACAAAGGAAAUGACAAUUAGCAAGAAUCAAACAUCUCUACAAAAAAUGCAUGGUGACUUUCAUCCGAAGCCACUUAAUCCAAAUGGAAAUGGGAAAGCAAGACAAAAUUUCCGGUGCUCUUUUAUUAAAGAAUGUAACGUGACAAUGUUAUAGUCAAAAAGAUAGACACAAAAAACUGGAGUAACUCAGCGGGUCAGGCAGUAUCUCUGGAGAAAAGGAAUAGGUGACGUUUUGGGUCGAGACCCUUCUUCAGACAGGCGGACUGUAGAAUUCUUCUAUCAAUCAAGUGACUGAGGACGAUUUUCUGUGCAGAAUGUGUAUGUACCUAUCUUCCACUCGCUAUCUUUCUGGGAAUAUUACCCAGCCUUUAUUGGGGGAUCUGUUUCCUCUCAUCUUUAAAGAGACUUUACUAAGUGAAUUGACAUUGUUUGCUGAUCAAGAGACCUAGAGCCAAGAAGCUCGGUCCUGCCGCCAACUCCUCAGUUGAAGCUUGGCUAGCAGUGAAGGCUCUUCAUUAAAAGUGCUUAGAUCAAAUUUGCAGGUAAGUUAAGUGUUUGAUUGAACAGCUUAGCAACUAAUAGAUGAUUGUAUGUGCAAGUCUGUCCGAGCAAAGCUGGUUAACAAGUUUAGUGGAUCUUUGAGUAAAAAGGGAAGAAUCCAACUCGAAACAUUAACUUCUCUUCCUAGUUAAAAUGUAAAACAAUAUUUUUGAUUAAAGAUUUAGGAUUUAGUUUAAAAUUUCAUGAUUAGUGUGUCAAGGGUUAUGGGGAGAAGGCAGGACAAUGGGGUUGAGAGGGAACGAUAGAUCAGCCGUGAUUGAAUGACGGAGUAGACUUGAUGGGCCGAAUGGUCUCAUUCUGCUCCUAGAACGAAAUCUCGUGAACUUUAAACUUUCUGUUUCUGAGAUGAAAUGCUGAAGAGGUUCAUUAGCGUUAGCACUGGUUUUGUUUUGUUCUGCUCUCACUGGCUAAGGGCACCUGCCCACAUCUAGUGAUCUGCAGGUAGGAUUUACCCAGGUUUGACCCUUGGUGUGAGUGCAAUAAUUUGCUAAGAUUUGAGAAACUGGAGUACGGGUGUUGAUUUCAGCAGCACCUUUAAGGGUUGGCAGAAAAAGGGGAAAUAAAAAAAAACAACAACCUGUGACCCUGUCCCCAAUCAAUGUUCAAUAGCACAGGCUAGAAAACCCCUGUGAUUUGGUAUCCAAAAGAAAUUGACCUUGAAAGUGGGACAAACCACAGUUAAAUAAUCCGCUGAAGAUCAAUGGAUGCUCAGGUUGGCUGGUGGUGGGAUGGUGGGAUUUCUGGAAUAUUUAUCAGAGAAGGCAGUGUCUUUAAAAGAGAGAAAUGAAGGUGGUGGGAGGAUUUGAGCCAAAUGCGAACGCAUUUAAAAUGCUUUAAAGAAUGCUUUACUUUAGUGAAUGAACCAAAUAUUUUUCCUUCCCAUGGCUUAUUCUGUUUCUAUUGCACGUGCAAAAGACUUGACUGGCAGGCUGAUUUUUGAACAGAACUAAAGUCAACACACGGGUCAUAUAUUAAUAAUGUUUAUGCAAAUCAAAGAUGUAAUGUCCAAAGUUGUGAAUGAAUAUUUACACCAGUGACGGUUUGUUGGAAUAUAUGUUACUUUCUGUAAGAAAUAUCUGUUAACAUAUUACAGGUACUAAUAAAAUGACUAUUUAUACUC